CUGGCGCUGAUCAAUCCGGGUACUUCAUUCACUGCUUCCUUUCGCGCCGGGUAACCGGAGAGCUGUGCGUCCAUGUGCGCAGUGACUGGGAAUUGAGAGUCCAUUGAAAUAUUAAAGUCCGAGCCGCAGAUAGAGAUCUCAUAAUGGAUCCUGAUUCUUUGAUCGAGGCCCUUCGGGGGACGAUGGACCCCAAUCUACGGGAAGCCGCCGAGAGACAGCUCAACGAGGGUCACGCCCAGGUAAACUUUGUGUCCACACUGCUGCACGUCACCAUGUCUGAUCAGCUGGAUUUGCCUGUCAGACAAGCAGGUGUGAUUUACCUUAAGAACAUGAUAACCCAGCACUGGAGCGAUGGAGACGGUUCAGGCUCCGAGACGGCUAUCAAUAACAUCCCUGAGGAAGACAGGCAGUUCAUUCGAGACAACAUAGUGGAGGCCAUCAUCCACUCACCCGAACGCAUCAGGGUCCAGCUGACAACAUGUAUCCACCACAUGAUCAAGCACGAUUACCCCAGCAAGUGGACGACCAUUGUGGACAAGAUUGGCUUCUACCUGCAAUCAGACAACAGUGCAGGAUGGCUGGGCAUCUUGCUCUGCCUUUACCAGCUUGUCAAAAACUACGAAUAUAAGAAACCAGAAGAACGUCAGCCUUUAGUGGCUGCCAUGCACAUCUUCAUGCCCAUGCUGAAACAACGCUUUAUUCAGCUGCUCCCUGACCACUCCAGUGACUCAGUCCUUAUACAGAAACAGAUCUUCAAAAUCCUCUAUGCCCUCUUUCAGUACAACCUCCCCCUGGAACUCAUCAAUCGACAGAACCUGACAGAAUGGAUGGAGAUCCUAAAGACAGUAGUGGACAGAGAUGUGCCUCCGGAGACGAUGCAGAUCGAUGAAGAUGAGCGGCCUGAGCUGCCAUGGUGGAAGUGUAAGAAGUGGGCCCUUCACAUCUUGGCGCGGCUGUUUGAGCGGUAUGGAAGCCCAGGCAAUACAACCAAAGAGUAUGCAGAGUUUGCUGAACUUUUCCUCAAGGAAUAUGCAGUUCCUGCACAACAGGUGCUGCUGAAAGUCUUAUACCAGUACAAGGAAAAGCAAUAUGUGGCUCCCAGAGUACUCCAACAGACACUGAACUACAUCAACCAGGGCAUAGCACAUGCUCUGACAUGGAAAAACCUCAAACUGCACAUCCAGGGCAUCAUUCAGGAUGUGGUUUUUCCACUCAUGUGUUACACUGAUGGUGAUGAGGAGCUGUGGCAGGAGGAUCCAUACGAGUAUAUCCGCAUGAAGUUUGAUGUAUUUGAAGACUUCAUUUCUCCAACAACAGCAGCCCAGACACUCCUUUUCACUGCCUGCAACAAAAGGAAAGAGGUGCUGCAAAAGACUAUGGGUUUCUGCUACCAGAUUCUCACUGAUCCCACCUCUGACCCCAGGAAAAAGGAUGGCGCCCUCCACAUGAUAGGCUCUUUGGCUGAAAUCCUGCUCAAGAAAAAAAUAUAUAAGGACCAGAUGGAGUUCAUGCUGCAGAAUCACGUCUUCCCCCUGUUCCGGAGUGACCUGGGCUACAUGAGGGCCAGAGCCUGCUGGGUGCUCCAUUACUUCUGUGAGGUCAAGUUCAAAAGUGACCAGAACUUGCAGACGGCACUGGAGUUGACACGCCUCUGUUUAAUCAAUGACAACGAGAUGCCAGUUAAAGUGGAGGCUGCUAUUGCACUGCAGGUUCUCAUCAGCAACCAGGAGAAAGCCAAAGAAUACAUCACCCCCUUCAUCCGGCCAGUGAUGCAGGCACUCCUGCACAUUGUCAGGGAGACGGAAAAUGAUGAUCUCACCAACGUCAUACAGAAGAUGAUCUGCGAAUACAGCGAGGAGGUCACUCCAAUUGCAGUGGAGAUGACACAGCAUUUGGCGAUGACGUUCAACCAGGUGAUUCAGACGGGGCCUGAUGAGGAGGGAGGAGAUGAUAAGGCGGUGACAGCUAUGGGUAUCCUCAACACCAUUGACACAUUGUUAAGUGUGGUGGAGGACCACAAAGAGAUUACCCAGCAGCUAGAGGGCAUCUGUCUGCAGGUGAUCGGCACUGUGCUGCAGCAGCAUGUGCUGGAAUUUUACGAGGAGAUCCUGUCCUUGGCUCACAGCCUAACCUGCCAGCAGGUGUCGCCGCAGAUGUGGCAGCUCCUUCCACUGGUAUAUGAAGUCUUCCAGCAGGAUGGAUUUGACUACUUCACAGAUAUGAUGCCUCUUCUUCACAACUAUGUCACAGUUGACACAGACACCCUCCUGUCUGACACCAAGUACUUGGAGGUCAUCUACAGCAUGUGCAAAAAGGUCCUGACAGGAGAUCCAGGUGAGGACCCAGAGUGCCAUGCAGCCAAGCUGUUAGAGGUGAUCAUUCUGCAGUGCAAAGGUCGUGGAAUUGAUCAGGUUGUGCCCUUGUUCGUGGCUGCUGCGUUGGAGCGUCUGACGCGGGAGGUGAAGACCAGCGAGUUGAGGACUAUGUGCCUGCAGGUGGCCAUCGCUGCGCUUUACUACAGCCCCCCUCUUCUCCUCAACACUUUGGAGAAUCUCCGCUUUCCCAACAACACUGAGCCAAUCACUAACCACUUCAUAACCCAGUGGCUCAAAGAUGUUGACUGCUUCCUUGGCCUCCAUGACAGGAAGAUGUCGAUUCUUGGACUUUGUGCUCUCAUUGACCUCGAGCACAGGCCUCAGGUCGUUAACCAGGUGGCUAGUCAGCUUCUUCCAGCAGCCAUCCUGCUGUUCAGUGGCCUCAAGAGGGCGUAUGCCUGUCGAGCAGAGCAUGAAAACGAGGACGAGGACGAUGAUGAAGAUGGAGAAGAUGAGGAUGAAAAUGCUGAGCUGGGCAGUGAUGAGGAUGACAUUGAUGAGGAGGGCCAGGAGUACCUGGAGAUGCUGGCAAAGCAUGCAGGGGAGGAUGGAGAUGAUGAAGACUGGGAAGAAGAUGAUGCUGAGGAGACGGCACUUGAGGGCUACACUACAUCUGUAGACGAUGAAGACAACUUGGUGGACGAGUAUCAGAUCUUCAAAGCCAUACUACAGAAUAUCCAGACCCGUGACCCAGCAUGGUACCAGGCACUAACACAAGCCCUUGAUGAGGAACAGGGCAAACAGCUUCAGGACAUUGCCACGCUUGCAGACCAGAGACGGGCAGCACAUGGUGAGCACCAGCUGAGACUCAUCAAUUUUCCAAAUAAACCCUGAUGCCGCUUUUGAGUAUGACAAUAAACCUUUUUUUUUUUUUUCUACAUGCUGCUAUUUUCUGCUUUUUUUGUGAUUGGCAGUUGCUUUGCAGUUUUACAAUGUCUAAAUCAUAUUGCUAAUGCCUUUUCAUCUAUACAUUUUCCUCAAAUAAAAAGUACCACAGCAUUUAUAGCAUCUUCCCUCUGUAUAGUAUAAACUGAAAUCAGUUGCAUUUGAGGCUAUUAUAUACACAUUAACAUGAGUCUGGGAUGAUCACUCCCCUCCCAUAAAAGAAAAGUGUCUGUUUUAAUCCCUUUUCAAUAGUAAAAUGUCUGUACACUGGAAUGCUCUGUCUGUAAUAUGUCUGCCAGUGCUAGUGGGCCAAAGUGGUGCCCUGGGAUUUUAUGGGCUGACAAUAAACCAUGUUGGGCAAGA